AUGGCUCUCGUCGUCACCGCAACGAGGAACCACGGCGCGAGAGAGAUCGUCGUGACGAUGGUAGGGACUAUCGACGUCUUAGCAGAUCACGAAGUCCUGUUCCCCGAAAUCGUGACCGUGCUGGACGUCACGGCGACCGAGGCCAUGAACGAGACAUGA